CCUUUCUUUCUCAGAACCUUUACAGCUGGGAGAUAACAUUAGAUUUGACCUUCUGUAGACAUCAAAUGCCCAUCACUAUCUCUGUCGAAACCUCCACUGUUAUCCUGCUCUUAAGAAGUUAUAGAUACAAGGCAUAUAAUUGGACCUCCUGUCUUUCUAUCAAAACCUUAACUGUUGUCCUAAUCUCAAAACAAACAACACAAAAUUUGACCUUCCAUAGAUGCCAAACACACAUAAUCUCUAUCAAAACCUCAAUUGGUAUCCUGCUCUCAACACGUUAUUGAGACAAGGUAUAUGAUUGGACCUUCUUCCUUUAUAUAAGAUUUUUAAGUAUUGUCCUUCUCUCAACAACACGUUGCAAACUUAUUAAACAAUAACUUUUCCUCGGUGUUUAAUAAUAACAGUCCUCCCACCACUACCACCGACACCAGUACUAAUGUAAAUCCCGAGCAUGCAUUGCCUAACUUUGAAAUAACAACCGAUGAAGUCCUUAAAGCCCUCAAAUCACUUAAAACAAAUAAAAGUCCUGGACCUGACAAAGUAUAUCCUACUCUGCUCAAAGAAACAAUGAGCGAAAUAGUCUCCCUCACAACCGUAUUCAAUAUGUCCUUGCGUCAAGGCAUCGUCCCUUCGGAUCGGAAAAAGGCUAACAUGACACUGGUUUUUAAGAAAGGAGACAAAAAAGUACCAGGUAAUUACAGGCCCAUUAGUCUAACUUCGGUUGUAGGUAAGCUACUUGAGAGCAUAAUUAGAGACAAAAUUGUGAGUUACCUUGAAAGCCACUCAUUAAUUGGGAACUCACAACACGGCUUCCGUAACUAAAGAUCCUGCCUAUCAAACCUAUUAACCUUUUAUAACAACCUCUUCACGGUUUAUGACGUAACCAAAUCACUGGACGUAGUCUAUCUUGAUUUCCAGAAAGCGUUUCAUAAAGUUUGGGCAGCUAACAGAAGUUUUUAGGAAGUCGCUAGACACGGGUGGUGCCUGUUUCAUGGAGGCAGGCACACGUUAUUCCAAUAUUGAAGAAGUGAGACAAAUCUUCUAUACAAAACUAUAGGCCAAUUAGUUUGACAUCAGUUAUAGGUAAAAUGCUUGAGUCAGUAAUAUCAGGUAUAUAGUAUUAGGGACCAUAUUGACAGACAUGUAGUGCGGCGACUAUGCCUGAUGAACGAGCCUCCCAUAACCCACGUAGCCAGUGAGGAGUAGUGAGGAGAGAUGGGCAAAGAAAAUACUGCAAGAAAAUGGAAACAAGUCCACCUGGGGAAAAGAGUUAGAGAAGUGGAAAAGGAGAGAACACCUGAGGGAAGAGUGGAAUGAAAUGGAAAUCAGGGAUGUGAAGAAGGCAGUUGAAAGGAACGGACAAGUCAAAUGGCAGGAAGGAAUGAGUGGCAAGUCAACGCUAAAAUGGUACAGCAGGAAACAGAAACCAGAGGGAGUACACUGGCAUGUAGGAGACUGGGGGAGCAAACUGUUGUUUCAAGCAAGAACAGGAACCCUGGAGGUAAACGGCAGGAACAGGGACGGGGGAAACCAGAGAACUGUAGCUGUAGGACAGGGCAGAUAGAAACAGUAGAACACCUAAUAGUGGAAUGCAGCAACUAUGAGAGGCAGAGAGGGGAGUUAGUGGCAGGAGUAGUGAUGGUAAUAGGCAGAGAGAAGUGGGCUAGGAGGCUAGAGGAGGAAAACGGGGCGAUCUGCAGUGUUGGGGCUGUAUGGGGACAAAAAGGAAACAGAAAGAAGAAUGGUGAAGCUGGCAAAAGUGUUCUUUCCAUAACAAACUGUCCUAUCCACUCAUACGCUGAUGACUCCACUCUGCAUUAUUCAACUUCUUUCAACAGAAGACCCUCUCAACAGGAAUUACAUGACUCCAGGCUGGAGGCUGCAGAACGCUUAACCUCAGAGCUUACUAUCAUUUCCGAUUGGGGUAAAAGGAACCUUGUGUCCUUCAAUGCCUCAAAAACCCAAUUUCUCCACCUUUCAACUCGACACAAUCUUCGAAACACCUAUCCCCUAUUCUUCGACAACACUCAGCUGUCGCCAUCUUCAACACUAAACAUCCUCAGUCUAUCCUUAACUCAAAAUCUUAAUUGGAAACUUCACAUCUUGUCUCUCACUAAAUCAGCUUCCUCGAGGUUGGGCGUUCUGUAUUGUCUCCGCCAGUUCUUCUCCCCUGCACAGUUGCUAUCCAUAUACAAGGGCAUUGUCCGCCCUCGAAUGGAGUAUGCAUCUCACGUGUGGGGGGGCUCCACUCACACAGCUCUCUUGGACAGAGUGGAGUCUAAGGCUCUUCGUCUCAUCAGCUCUCCUCCUCUUACUGAUAGUCUUCUACCUCUUAAUUUCUGCCGCCAUGUUACCUCUCUUUCUAUCAUCUAUCGCUAUUUUCAUGCUGACUGCUUUUCUGAACUUGCUAACUGCAUGCCUCCCCCCCUCCCGCAGCCCCGCUGCACGCGACUUUCUAGUCAUGCUCAUCCCUAUACUGUCCAAACCCCUUAUGCAAGAGUUAACCAGCAUCUUCACUCUUUCAUCCCUCACGCUGGUAAACUCUGGAACAAUCUUCCUUCUUCUGUAUUUCCUCCUGCCUACGACUUGAACUCUUUCAAGAGAAGGGUAUCUGGACACCUCUCCUCCCGAAAUUGACCCCUCUUUCGGCCACCUCUUUAGAUUCUUUUUGUGAGCAGCGAGUAGCGGGCUUUUUUUUUAUUAUUGUUUACUUUUUUGUGCCCUUGAGCUGUCUCCUUUGUUGUAAAAAAAAAAAAAAAAAAGGCAGCCAGCGAAUACCCUCACCUUGUCUUGAUUAAUUUCUUGUGUGUUUCGAUACACGCAGAGGACGUGUUGGGAAAUAGAGGAAAUUGAAAAAGAAAAUCCCGGGGCAUGACACAUCAUUUAAUUCACGACUCACAGCAUGGGUUUAUUAAAGGAAAGUUGUGCCUUACUAAUCUUAUAUCCUUUUACAAUAGAGUAUACGAGGCAGCUGACAAUGAUGAGAGUUGCGAUGUAGUUUAUCUUGAUUUUAGUAAGGCCUUCAAUAAGGCACCUCACGAGAGACUUAAAUAAAGUCAGGGCUCAUGGAACAGGAGGGAAGGUUUAUGAUUGAAUUAGGGCGUGGAUUAGCGACAGGAAACAGAGGGUUACUAUUAAUGGUAAAAAAUCCGAAUGGGGUAAUGUUACCAGUGGGGUUCCUCAAGGUUCAGUUUUAGGCCUGCUUUUAUUCAUAAUCUAUAUCAAUGAUAUAGACAAUGGGAUAACUAGUGACAUAGGUAAAUUUGCAUAUGACACCAAAAUAGGACGCAGUAUUAGGACAAGGGAGGAUGCUUGAGCACUGCAGGAGGAUCUCAACAAACUGUCAGCUUGGUCAGAGAAAUGGCAGAUGAAUUUUAGCAUCACCAAGUGUAGCGUACUAAGUGUAGGAACACGCAACCCAUUACACGGGUAUAGUUUGGCCUCCACAGCGAUAGGUAGAGCAGAGUGUGAAAGGGAUUUGGGAGUAUUGGUGAACUCUGACUUAAAACUAAGGAAGCAAUGUAUUAGUGCGAGGAAUGGGGCUAACAGGGUAUUAGGCUUUAUUAACAGGACAGUAACCAACAAAAGUGCGGAGGUCAUCCUCAGACCCUAUUUAGAGUUAGUUAGGCCACACUUAGAUUAUGCUGUCCAGUUUUGGUGCCCUCACUUCAGAAUGGACAUCAACUUGCUAGAAUCAGUUCAGAGGAGGAUGACCAAGAUGAUUCUGGGGCUUAGGAACCUCCCAU